CUCUCCACUCGCUCUUGCGAUACCAAGGGUCCCUGUCACAAAUGCAGUACUGCACCCCACUUUCCAACGCCCUUGAGGCGGGAGUCAAGAAGAGGUUUUCAGAAGUUCUUGAAGACAAGGACUUGGCCCUUGCAGCGGCGGUACACCCCAAGUUCAAGCUAUCCUGGAUCAUGGAAAACGAGCGGAAAGCUGCAACUGUACGGCUGCUCGAGGAAGAAUGUCGUGCGCUGGAGGAGCACUGCAGUGAGGACGCAACAGGCAAAGAGGAUGGCGACGAAGACGAUUUUUUUUUCCACUUGCCUCAAGCAUUACCAUCAUCAACGGAGGUGCAACAGUGGGUGAGCGACCCCGCGACCGAUCUGACCGGGCUCUCAAGGUUCCCCAUGAUAAAGAGGAUCUUCAUCAGGCUCAACACGGGGAUUCCGUCAAGCGCGCCGGCUGAACGCCUGUUCAGCAAAGGACGCGAUGUGUUCGCCAUCAAGAGAGGGAAGCUCUCCGAUGACAAUUUUGAAAAACAGUUGAUAUUAAGUUAUAACAAAUAUUGCAAAUAAGUUAUAAUCGUUAAAAUUCUGAAACGACGAAUGACACAAAAAAGAAGCACCCUUCGGUUUUAAUGUUUUCUAAUUUCUCAGCAGUUCAUCUUUCUUCUCACUACAG